UUUUUCCGUUACGCGUCAAAUUCCACAUGUACAACAAAUCUUGCAACUAAUCAAUAAACUGGAUCCGAAAUCGCAGGACGCAGAAUCAAGUUGUCAUACUGUGUUGUGCAGUAUGAACAAAAGUUAUUUAAUACCAACUACAAAUUGCUUGAUCGAUCACAGGUUGAAUCCGAUGUUUUAUUGAAAGUUUUGAAAUGGAAUGGUCUCGGAAGAAAACCUUGAAAUUAGUCGGAUUACUUCAAGUAAAUACAGCGCUUUGGAAUCCUAGCUAUUGUGAAACUAGGCGCGAGAAACAAAAACGCAAACGAGAGCUUCGUUCGAUUGCAAAUGUAUUUAGAAUAUCGGUUUUCGACAUAACAAAGAAAAUACAGCAUCUGAAGAUUCAAUAUAACAGAGAAUUAGCUCGAGAGGCUCUAGCCCGUUCUCAAGAUCCAAAUGAUAGAUACGUUACAAAUUGGUAUGCCUAUGAUUACUUACACUUUUUAAAGGACUCAAAUAAGCCAUACAGACUUAUUCAUUCGGAUAUUUAUACAUUUAACAAUACAUCAACUGAUAAUGCAAUAUCACCAGAUUUAAUUAAAAAUUAUGCCUUAUUACCACCACCAAAAAUGGCAAGAACUGAUAAUAUAUUGGAUUCCGACUUAGUUUACUCAUCAACAGCAAAGAGAGAUGAAUUUUCAGUAUUUGGUGAAUACAUUGCAAAUGAACUGCGUUCACUAAAAUGUGAAAGAAGCCUAUUACUUGCAAAAAAGAGGUUACAAGACGUAAUAUUUGACGUUAAAAUAAACAUGUAUUUAUUUAGACAAAAAAUGUAAUUCAUGAUUACAUAAAUUUGGUAAAUUAAUUCUAAAUGUAUAUAGAUAGUUGUAUAUAAGAUCCAGUAUUAUAGAUGUUUCAGUUACCUUAAGCCAUUAAUAACUAAAAUAUAUAAUAAUGAUAACAAUGAUAGUAAUCAUUCUAUUACAAUUAAUGAAAUUCUGUAAUAAUCUUAGUAGUAAUAAGGUAAAA